UCGCCGGUAUGGUGGAGGACCCGAUCGUGUUUUGCCCGGCGCUCGACUGCUUUGGCGUCGAGUGGGGCGCCGACGUGCAGCAUGCCUUCUCGUCGGUCGGACCUGCCUCGCCCAAAAUCGACUUGACGAUUUUGGAGCUGCCGAGCCCGCCCAAGCAGCAACAACACCAGCACGAGACGUGCGUCGAGAAGCUCCUGGAAAGCAGCGACGAAGACGAUGGCGACGGCGACGACGAGACAGCGCCUACCAGCGGCACGGGUGUCGAGACACAGACAGGGCGGUGGACCAAGAAGGAGCACGAGCUCUUCCUCGAGGGCCUUGAGCGCUACGGCAAGUCGUGGAAGCACAUCUCCAACCUCGUCGUCACGCGCACGCUGGUUCAAAUUCGAACGCACGCUCAAAAAUACCUCCAAAAGCAGAACAAGGCGUCGCCGCCGGCGUAUCUGACGCCCCGCCCCGCGUAUUUACUGACGCACGCGACGGGACCGCGCUUGUGUCCGUUCCCAGAGAACGACAUUGAUCUGCUUUUGGAAGACGACGACGAGGACGACGACACGACGGACGAUGCGCGGAAGCGACCGGCCGACUUGCAGCCGAUUGCACCACAGUACUUUGUGCCGAGCGUGGCCAAGCGAAGGCGUCUGGACACGCCAAGCGAGCUUGGAAGUUUGAUGCCGCCGAUGCUACUGCGGCCGUUCCCUGCCGGACAGAACCUCGUGCAUCCCAUGUCGGCGCUGCCAGUCGCGCCCUUUGGCUGGCUCCAAGGGGUCUAGUCAUUUCACCCACGUAACUUAGUCUUUUGAACCGAUUUUGAGUCG